AGGGCUGGGAACCAGUGCACUAGUGUUAGACCAAUCAUGUUACUAUACUGCUUUAAACCUAUCUGGUGUGCAGGGACAUUCAUGUGCGACUUUUACACUAUACCACUAUACACUAUACACCUGACCAUCACACCCAUGCGUGCUUGUUAAGUAUCUCAUUCCAAAACCUUGGCCAUUAAUAUGGAACCCCUCUUUGCUGUUAUAAAAACCUCCACUCUUCUGGGAAGGCUUUCCACUAGAUUUUGGAGUGUGGCUGUGGGGAUUUGUGAUCAUUCAGCUACAAGAGAUCAGGUACUGAUGUUACGUGAGGAGAUCUGGGGUGCAAUCGAUGUUCCAGUUCAUCUCAAAGGUGUUCAGUGGGGUUGAGGUCAGAGCUCUGUGCAGGACACUCGAGUUCUUCCACACUAAUCUUCUCAAACCAUGUCUUGCUCUGAGGUAAACGUGGUUCUUUGGUGUGCGCUUGGUUGUGUGUCUUCCCGUGCACGAUUCCCUUUUCCAACCAUUCCUUAGUUGAUGAAAAAAUGUCUGGAGCAAUCAAUCGUGCAACUCUGUCACCAUUUUGUGUUCAUCCACACCAAUCUUCUCAAGCCGUGUCUUCAUGAACCAUGCUUUGUGUACAGGUACAUUAUCAUGGCUGUGACUGUGCUUUCAACUUUGCAGUAAAAGUCUGAGGAAGGCCAACACAUGAUUGCAAUAAUCAAGCGUCCACAAACAUUUGACCAUAUAGCGCUUGUACUGACGUCAUUUCCGUUAGCACCGUCCGUUAUAAAUAAGCGCACCAUGCGCCUUUAAGAUCACAGUGGAGAAAUGCGCAUGCGCAGUUGGAUGUUAAAGGUUGUAAACGAUACUUGCUCACAUUUUCCCGAGUUUUUGCUUGCUUUGUUUGUUUGUUUUUUUUUUUAAAUUAAAAUUAAAAUUAAAAUUAAAAUUUAUUACCGUUAGGUAAGUCUACAAAAGGUCAUUUAAGAAGAAAAUGUCAGUUUUCUCCGAGUCGGCUUUGGAGAAAAAAUUGGCAGAACUUAGCAACUCGCAGCAGAGUGUACAGACCCUGUCUCUAUGGUUAAUCCACCACAGAAAACACUCGAAAACCAUCGUCAAAGUCUGGUAUAAUGAGCUGAAAAAGGCUCAGGUAUCUCGUAAACUGACCUUCCUUUAUCUUGCAAACGAUGUCAUCCAGAACAGCAAAAGAAAAGGGCCAGAGUUCACCCAGGACUUUGCCCCAGUUAUUGUUGACGCCUUUAAACAUGUCUCGAGUGAAGGAGAGGAGGGCUGUAAGAAGCACCUGGAACGGGUUUUGUCUAUCUGGCAGGAGAGAGCCGUGUAUGAGAGUGACCUCCUGGACAAACUCUCGGUAGUGCUACAUGGAGAAAAGAAGGCCAAGAAGCGACCUUAUGAGGAGAUUAAAGUGAAAGAUGAUGACUUUGCCUCCCAGAGCUCUCCAGCAAAUCCACCUCAGACAGCGGAUUUGAUCCGAGCACUACAGGAGUUGGAGAAUGCAGCCUCAAGUGACUCCGCCCUACGACAGAGGAUCUCUGCUUUACCCCCAGAGGUGCAGGACUCGUCCCUGCUGCACAGAAUCACAGAUAAGGAGUCAGGAGAACGCUUAUCCAGACUGGUAGAGGAGACCUGCAUGCUGUUAGCAGAUUACAGUGGGCGCCUGGCGGCCGAGAUCGAUGACCGACGGCAGCUCACUCGGCUGCUUGCACUUUUUCUGCAGAGCCAGCGGGAUGGCCUGGCCAAGAAUGAACAGAAACUAGAAGAGUACAAGCGCAAGCUGGCGCGAGUUACCCAGGUACGGAAAGAGCUCCGAUCUCGCCUCAACGGCCUCCCAGAUCUUUCUCGGCUUCCUAACGUAACAGGUGGCCAUGUACGCCUGCCCUCCUCUGGUGAUCUCUAUAGCCCUUCUGAUUGUAUGUCCAAUCUAGAGAAGGACAGUAAGCACUGUCAUGACAGCAGCCGUGCACUUGAGGACAGGGAACAGGAGAAAAAACUGGCGAGGAAACGUCUCUACGUUGUCUCAGCUGUUUGUCUGGUCUUCAUGGUGGGAGAAAUCUUGGGUGGGUAUUUCGCUGGCAGUCUGGCAGUGAUGACGGAUGCUGCCCACCUUCUGGUGGAUUUCACAAGUUUCCUGAUUAGCCUGUGCUCUCUGUGGCUAUCAUCCAGGCCUGCUACAUACACUCUCAACUAUGGCUGGCAUCGUGCAGAGAUCCUCGGUGCUCUCCUGUCUAUCUUCACAAUCUGGUUGGUGACUGGUGUGUUGGUGUACCUGGCAGUAGAACGUCUCAUCAGUGAUGACUUCGAGAUUGAGGGCAAUUUAAUGCUCAUCACCUCUGGCUGUGCUGUCAUAGCCAACAUCAUAAUGGCAUUCACCUUGUACCAGUCAGGGCAUGGUCACAGUCAUGGUGGACUUAGUUCUCCCGGUCAUGGCCACAGCCAUGGAAAGAAGAAAAAUCAUAGCCGUACUAGCGCUAACUACCACAGUCUAGAAAAUCAAGAGCACAGGAAGAAGACACAGGGAAAUGCCAGUGUGAGAGCUGCCUUUGUGCAUGUGAUCGGAGACCUUCUGCAGAGCGUCAGUGUCCUUGUUAGUGCACUCAUCAUCUUCUUCAGGCCAGAGUACAAAAUUGCAGAUCCUAUCUGCACCUUCCUGUUCUCUCUGUUUGUCCUGGGCACCACAAUCACCAUCAUGAGAGACAUUCUAGUGGUCUUAAUGGAAGGCACACCGGCAGGUGUGGACUAUAUGGAGGUGAGAGAGAGGCUGCUCUCUAUUAAGGGUGUGAAAGCAGUGCACAACCUCCACAUCUGGGCUCUGACCAUGAACCAGGCUGUUCUCUCUGCGCACGUGGCUAUAGAUGACUCUUCAGAGCCACAGCUGGUGCUCAGAGAGAUGACCCAGUCCUGCUUCACCACAUACAGCUUCCACUCGGUCACCAUCCAGCUGGAGCAGCAAUCCGACCAGAGACCGGACUGCAGCCUUUGUCAGGACCCCAAACACUGACGCCUCCACAUCCACACAACUUCCCCACAACCCCAAUAAGCAGGCCAAGACAACAGUAUUAAUGUCAAGGACCUAAAUGAAAGUCUUACUGUAAUGCAGUAUUUCAAUGCGUACUACUAAGUCUUGGACCUCUCUGUUGUUUGGUUAGUUUUACCCGUGGGGAGAGGAUUGACGUGAAGUCACAUGGGGUUGAAAGAGGAAAUUAGUAAGGUGACUACUAAACCUACUUAAAGGUUUCUGUGUAUUUUUUAUUUGUACUGCACUCAAAUUACUUUGUGUUAUAAUGUUGUUUGUUCACUAG